CCCGGUCUAGACUCUGUCAUUCUGUCAUUAGAUCCUCAGAGAGAGAAGCAGGCGCUCGUCUCUUUUCCAUUUGUCUCCUUGUCUCCGCUGGACGCGCCACCAUGACGCACGUCGCUCCCCUCGUCGCUCUCAUUUUCGCAUCAUCUCUCCUGAGCUGCGGCGCCUCGGUCUCCUGCACCUGGACCAAAGUUUUCCCCAGCUCCGAGGUUCACAUCAGCUUCCUCCGGAGCGAGCCCGAGCCCGGACCCGGACCCGGUCCUGCCGCAUCAUCUCUGCGGCUGUACCACAGCGUCUGGUCCGGGGAGCGCGCCCUGCUCGGCUGCGUCUGGAGCGACGACGCGGCGGUGACCCGGGACUACUGGUCCCUGUGCGGAGAGCGCACUCCACAGGAGGAGUUCUCCCGACACCCGGGGGAAGGCUUCGACCUGGACUCCCUGUCAGAGGAGCAGUGCGUCUCCCUGUCCUCUCCGGGGCUCACGGAGCUCCAGGGGCGCGCAGGAAGGAGGCCGGUGAGGAGCGCCGGUGAUGGAGGCGACGGGUCAGAGGUCAGGAUACAUCGCCGUGUGAAGAGGGGCUUCAUCGUUCCCGGGACCCUGUGGUGCGGCUCUGGCAACAAGGCGCCGUCAUAUGAAGAUCUGGGGGCGUUCUCGGACACGGACAGCUGCUGCCGGGAACACGACCAGUGCAAACACUCCAUCUUAUCGUUCAACUCCAACUACGGCGUCUUCAACAGUAACAUCUUCACCAUGUCUCACUGCGACUGUGACCACAAGUUUCAGAGCUGCCUGAAGGAGGCCAACGACAGCAUCUCCAGCGUGGUCGGCUACACCUUCUUCAACCUGCUGAAGAUGCACUGCUUCAAGUUCUCCCACCGGCUCCAGUGCAUGGAGAGGAACUGGUUCGGGAUGUGUAAGGAGACUAAAAUGGCUCUGUACGCUGAGGUCUACCCACCCACCCUGUACGAGUGGAACACAGAGGACUCCGUCAACUCCACCAGCUCCACUGACUCCACCACCGACUCCACCAUUGACCCCACCACACCAGCCCUGGACCUGGACCCGGAGACCAUCACCUCAGAGCCGAAGGUCUUCACCGCCCCUACGCAUUCACCCAGCUCCACCUCCUCCUCCACCUCCACCUCCAGCUCCUCCACCUACACCUACACCUCCAGCUCAAGCUCCUCCUCCACCUCCUCCUCCACCUCCUCCUCCUCCUCCUCUUCCACCUCCUCCUCCUCCUCCUCUUCCACCUCCACCAUCUCCUCCUCCACCUCCUCCUCCACCUCCAGCUCCACCUCCACCUCCUCCUCCACCUCCAGCUCCACCUCCACCUCCAUCACUAGCAUCUCAACCUCCACCAGCAGUAACACAUCAGCAGCAGCAUCGACGCCUGAGAGGAGAACAAACCAAACGGAGCAUGAAGCUCGUAUCACAGAGUUCCAGAUCAUGACAUGUGGCGUCUUUAAGGAUCUUGAUCAGUGCAGGAAUAAGAUUCUGCCCGAGCAGAAGAUGUACGGCCUCCACAACUCAGAGCCCACGACUCUGUAUCACUGCAACUGCACCAGCAGAUUGUUCCAGACUUUGUCUAAACAGAGACGACUGACUGAAGUUCAGGCUCUUCUGCUGGGACACGUGUCUCGGUCCUGCUUCCUGCCCCGGGACUGCACGGCGGGCGACACCAGCUGCACAGCGGUUGUGGUGACAGCUGACCUUCCCGAGCUGGAGCCCAGUGCAGCGGUGGAUGAGCAGCGCCAUCUUCAGGCCGUGCAGCUGAAGAUCAGGAGGCCAAACACCAGGCGAGCAAAGAGGAAAGACCGAGCUUUGAGGCUCCACAAACUCUGCCUCAGGAUGAUCCGGCCCAGACAAACGAGCAGAAAACGAGGUCAAACCACGUCGAGAGGCCGAGCGCUGGUCUGAAUGUUAAUAUUAUACCAGGGAUUCAAAGUGUUCAGCCUGAUGUUAGUGCAUAGACAUCAAAUAGAACCUGUCUGUGUUUGCCUUUUCACUCUAGUAGUUGGUUGUUUUCAUUUCAUUCCAGCAACUGUAUCUUUAAAUUAAGAAAGAAAAUAAGUAAUAAUUGCUGGAAUAUUUUAAAGAUGGCCUGCAAUUAAUAAAAAGUGAAAUGAAUAUGGAUAAAAUAACAUUUAAAUGAAUAAGCUUAUUCUGAACACUUUGGUUCCCUGUGAACUGAAUAUUGUAUUAUUGUUGUGCAGUGUUAUGUAUUUAUUUGGGAUGCACUGUAGUUGUUGAGGCCAAACUGUUUGUUGCAUCUAUGGAACAAACUCACCAGCUCAUUUAGGACGAUAAAAGUUCUCCUAAGCUGUAACAGACCUCUUGGCUAGGAAUGGCACACAUGCAACUAAUAACAUUAAUGGCGGCCGUGUUGCGUUCAGGUGUGCCAGGUCCAGAUCCCUGCGAUUAUUCAUGCUGGAUCACUGUAAUGACUCACCGGGACACUCGAUACGACCGAGCCAUGGUCAACGUGAUUAGUUACACCUGUGUGAGAUAUCCGCCAUGAGAGCGCUUUCUGUUUUUAUCUGGGACGGCAACAACAACAAGUUUUAACUGAUGUUUUAAUUGGGACAUGCCUUCAGUAUUAAAACCCACAAGGUUUAAGAUUUGUCUCAGACACAGUUCAGAGCGAAAAGAAGGAUUUAAACCUAAUUCAUAGCAAUGUGCAUUUAAAGUGCCACACAGUUAUUAUGUUGGAGAAUAAUGGUAAAUCCUGUCUGUAUUGUGUUAUUGACGUGUCAGAACACACUGUAAGUAUUUGCACUGUUUUAUAUGAGUUGUAGAUAGAUGUAAUUAUGUUGUUAGUACAGAUAUGAAAAGGGAUAUGAAAUGUGUAAAUAUGUGUAUAUAAAGAAAUAUAUAGAAAUGUUUAGUUUAUGACAGGAGACCUAAACAUAUGAUGGAUUAGAUUUUAAAAUAAUCCUUUGAGAUGUGGUAUUAUAUUCUGUUUGCUUUCUUUCUGACCGUUAGAUGAGAGGAUUAAUCCCACUCUUGUGUUUGUAAAUGUGAUCAGCGUAGCUUAGUAUGAAGGCUGGAAACAAAUGAAAACAGCUAGCCCCCUUCUGUCCAAAUCAGCUGUAAAGCUCACUUACAAACAUUUUGUUUGUUUAAUCCCAAACUCCACUUGCUUAAGCUUUUUUUAUUUUCAUUUUUAACUUUUUUGAGUUAUGACAUGUACUUCUGUGUUAUCCUUGGACAGAACCAGCUAGCUGUUUACACAUGUUUCCUGUAUCUAUUCUAAGCUAAGUUAACAAUAUCUUGAGUGUAAUUUCAUAGUCCCACAAGAUGGCCAUGAGAGUGUACCUAUUUUUACUUCUGUGAAUAACCAUAUGUGUUCAACUACUAUUUAUUUAAAAUGUAAAUAUCAUAAUUUUAAAAACACAUUUUGAGACAUUAGCCUCAGUUUGUGCCACACACAUGCUAACGUACAUUUGGGUAGCAAAGCUAACUAUUGUGUCUUUUGGAUAACCAACAAACUGAAAGUAUUUUUCUAAAUUAUAUUAACAAACUAGAACAGGCUACAUACAUAUUGCAUCUUAUCUUUCAAGGCUUAGCUAUCUGGUUAAUGCGACUGACAUCUCUUACUUUCUAGAUUUAUUUAGUCCCUUUAGAACAGUGGUACAAACAACCUUCUGUAGAAUAUAUAUUUUUUAGAAAAUUAUACAAUUAGCUGUAUGUAUGCUAAUUAGCUAAUGUGUGGCUCAAACUGUGGCAUGCUGGACUUUUGAUUAAAGGGACAACAGAUGUUACACGUGUUUAAUUAUUUAUUGUUCUGUUGAUGUUUCCGUGAAUUUUUGUGACAUAAUAAAAGUUUUGAAAUGAAAAA